AUGAUGCGACGCUACAUUGUAAGGCUCGAGAAGCAGGCUCUGGCCAGAGAGUCCCAGCCCAAUGUCGUGAGAGUCUCUACCGAGGUACGCAAAGUUGCAGACGAUCUGCGACAAUACACAUGUGAUGCCAUGGCCGGACAAGAGAUCUACUCGAACCGCAAGGCACUGGAGAAGGCGACCCAGAUGAUUCGGAAUAGCGAUACGAUAUUCACCGCGUGCAUCGGAGCUGGAAUUGGACUGCGACGUUCAGAGGAAUUUGACACGGUCAUCGUUGAUGAGGCAUCUCAGCACACGGAACCUACUUCUCUAGUGCCUCUUGUCAAAGGCUGCUCGCGAGCAAUACUGGUCGGCGACCAUGUGCAACUCCGGCCCACCGUCAACCCAACAGCCCUUACACUGGAUUUCGAUGUCUCUUUGUUUGAGAGGCUUUACACCAAUGCUAAAUUGAAGGGAUACCAAGGCGUAAGCACACUCAUGCUUGAUACGCAGUAUCGAAUGCAUCCCAAACUGUGCGAAUUCCCUUCCAAAGAAUUCUAUGAUGGGAAUUUGAAGUCUGGAAUCAGAAUGUCGGGACAAAAGUCGAAAGAGAAUCGAGGCCAGGCAGAGCUCUGCGCACAUAUCUGCAAGCUCUUGGCUACGUCACCCACCAAAAUUAAUACCGGACAUUCAAUCGUGGUGCUCACACCUUACACUCGACAAGCCGAAGCUCUAAAGCGUAUGCUCCCUAGCAUAUCACAGAAGAUCGAGGCUUUAAGCAUAGACGGAUUCCAGGGUUGUGAGGCUGACAUUAUCAUCUUUGUCACGGUUCGGUGUAACACGCACUGCGAGAUCGGAUUCCUAAAGGAUAUGCGUCGGGUAAAUGUUGCUCUGACAAGGGCGAGAUCGGCGCUUAUAGUGAUUGGAAACCGGACAACGUUGACUGGAGGUCCAGCAGACGAGGAGAGCUCUAAGAUGUGGCAGAGGCUAUUGAGAGCAUUGACAGAAGUGAAGUUGGAAGUGCCUGUCUCAGCUAAGGGCGACAAGAAGAAGUAA